AUGGCGGAGGAGAGGAGGACCGUCCGCGAACGCCUGGCGGACGCCCUGGAGGACUUGAAGGAGUACGAUCUGAAGCAAUUCAAGUUCCAUCUGAACGCGCUCCCGGCCGAGGAGGGCUAUAGUAGCAUCCCCAAGGGGCGGCUGCAGAAGGCGGAUCGCUUGGACCUGUGCCGCCUGCUGCUCGGCUACUACGCCGAGGAUGGCGCUGUGGAGGUGACGCUCAAGGUGCUGGGAUGCAUCAACCGAAGAGACCUGCGGGAGAAGCUCCUGCGAGUCAAAGGCGGUGGUGGUAAGGAGAGGGGCGGGGGUCGCAGAAGCACAGUGGGCCGGGUGGGGGGGUCUUAGUGGUGGGGGAAAUCUGCUCUGGUGAGUCCAGAUCAUCUCGUCUGAAAGUGGGACAGGCUAAAAGCAGCAGAGUUUGGGGAUUUUACCUGGCCCAGGUGUAUCCCUCUUCCUUGCUGCAGGUGAAGGUGGAUAAAAACUCCUAAGUCAACAGGCUGGCAUAGGACUUAACCUUUCUUUCACUUCACCUACCAGAUUAAUUUUGUUCUAUAAUCUCCACAUUUUUAUUUUUUAUUAAUAAUUUUAUUAACAGUUGUAUUAAAUACUUUAAAAAAUAAUUUUAUUAACAAUUUUAUUAAAUACUUUUAAGAAUAAUUUUAUUAACAAUUUUAUUAAAUACUUUUAAGAAUAAUUUUAUUAAAUACUUUUAAUAAUGCUUUUAUUAAUAAUUUCAUUUAUAAGUUUUUUUUUCUUAUGGAUUAUAAUCCAGCAGUUCCUACAAGGGGAAUUCUGUGCUGCUGUUUGGUUUUUUAAUCGGAGACCCUUUUCGAUGCGAACUUUUCUUCUAAUGUUCCCAGCCCUCCUCGAUGGCUGCUUUGGUCUGAGGCAAUGGCAGCGAGAAAUCAGAAACAUUGGUGGAAGAGCACAUCCUCCCUUUGAGAGAGAGGUUGCUUCACUUCGUUCUUUGAGAGAUCCUUCCUUCUCUCUCCGGCUCUUCACUUCAUUUGACAGCUGUGGGAUGGGAGAUUUCAAGUUUGCAUCGACUAGAACCAGAACAGUCGGUGGCAAAAGCAUUACUAGAAGGAGGAUGGUUGAAAAUGGACAAGAAAGAGUAGAAGUUGAAGUUGACCAAUCAAAUACUUUAGCUAUAAAUGGUAAGAAGUGGUUUCUCCUUUUAAAUAACUAGUUAUUAAAUGCAGAUGUUUAACAUAAAUCUACACAGGAAAGAUUCUUGAGUAAGGCUGAUCUUAUCUGUCCUCUCUCAUCCCCCCCCCCCCCAACAGGCUCAUCUGCAACCAUCGGAGAGACAGAGGCCAUUGCCAAUUGCAAGAACUUAAAAAUCAAGGUCACUGAAGUGCUGGGUGGAGAGUUAUCUCAUUUGGUAGAGGCGAAAGACGAUGUGGCAGGAAAGGUUUCGUCAGGAAAAAACACCAGGAGGUAAUCUCAGUGCUUAAGCGAUGGACGGAACUGUUGCCAAGAACCACACAACUUUAUUGCGCUCCUUGCUCUAUGCAACACCGUUACUCCGUUGUAUUAAGUAGAAUAAGGUGCAAGCUGACUGUGAAAUGAGAACUGGAGAAGAAAUUAUAGGAGGUGGGUAAAAAUACUUUGAGAGGCACGUGGAGGUGAGACGGAAAAGAAAAUAGAAAAGAAGAGCUUUCUUCACUUAGAACCACUGGGCUAUAUUCAACUAAGUUCUACUCAGAGUAAACCUAUUGUAAGUUCCAAACCUAAAUUAAUUAUAUCCAUUAGUUUCUAUGGGCCUGUUUUGACCCAUUGAGACUAGCGUUGGCUAUAAUAACCCUCUGGAUCCGCAAAUUCUGCCUAAAACGGGGACGCUGUCACAAUACUUCCAGAGCAGAGACCUGCACUUAGUCUGAUGGAAACUGAGCUGCAAGGAAAAUGCAGCAGCAAAUAAUUUACAGUAGUCAUUUUCGAAGCUGGAAUAGAUAUAUAGUAGUAGUAGUAGUAGUAGUAGUAGUCAGUUUUAUUGCACAUAGCCAAAGGCUGCCGCAAUGUACACAGAAUUAUUUGACAAUUAAAAGAAAAUAUACUGAAUUGAUAAAAAAGACUUAAAACAUUUAUAUUAUUAAAACAUUACGUACUCUAAACAGAGCUAUAAAAGUACCCUAAUGUACAAAUAAAAACAUUAAACAAUAAAAUUCAUAAGCUAAAAUCAUCACGUGGCCACUAAUGUUAAAAACAAUAUCAAUUAAUACAGUGUGCAAUUUAUACUCAGAGUUUGGUGACAAAGUUAGAGCAUAGCCUGAGGUAGAUAGAUAGGAUCAAAUAAAUUCAUCUCCUUUACAGUUAAUGGCUACCUUGGCUAUAUAAUUUGCUUUAAUUUUCCUAGCAGCAGUUGCAAAAAGUGCUACACGCCAGGUCACAUACUUAUCUGUGUCUGCAAGGAGAUAUAAAAAAAUGUCAAUGGGGUUCUGUCCAGGGGACCCUGUAUAAGUACUAAAAAUAUUUUUCUUGCAUCAUUAUAUAUGGGACAGCGCAAGAUAUAAUGCAUAAGGUCCUCUACUUCAGAACAUCCCCUAGUACAGACAUAUUCGUUUUUUGGUAUGCCUCUGUGUCUCCCAUCUCUAUAAGCAGAGCUUAUUGUAUUUAGUCGUAGCUCUGUAAAAGCUUUUCGAAGUUGUGCAGAAGUCAAUUCAUUAAAAUAAGAUGUAUGUAUAUUGGCCUCUUUAAGUUUAAUGUAGAUGUGCACAUAGAGUUUAGAUCAUUUUUAGUUGCCACUGCCCUUAUGGUUCGUUUUAAGAUAUUUUUCUGGGAAUAUAAGGGAAGUUCUUUAAUCUCAGUCACUGAGAGGUCAUAUUUGCCCAUCAGUUGGGCAGCAUGAUGUACCCAGUUUUUAAGGGGUAAUCCAUUCGAAAGCUCAAUCAGGCAUUUUUUUGGUAGCCUAGGGUUGUCCAUCUGUUGAACUCUAAACCAGUAACAGAGAAUUCUUUUAUCGAAUAGAUAUAUAAUGCCAGUAAUUGCCAGCUGAUUACAGUGAAUUCUGCCUCAAUCUGCCACUACAGUGGUACCUCAGGAUGCUAACGGUAUGUAAGAUGUGACGGCACAUCUGCAUGUGCGUGGGUCGUGUUUCGCUGCUUCCGCGCAUGUGUGUGACGUCAUUUUGAGCGUCUGCGCAUGUGCGAGCGGCGAAACCCGGAAGUAGUGCGCUCCCGGAAGUAACACGCUCAACCCAAAGCACAUUCAACUUGAGGUAUGACUGUAUUUAGUUGUUGGCAUAACCCUGGUGAUAGAAAGCUUGAGAAAGCGUAGGUUUCAUGCUAACCCUUUACCUCCAGCCAGCAUCACACAGAGUUGUUGGUUUUGUAGCAGACUGAGACUGUUCCCCUUCCUGCCUAACUUUGACAUUUCUUUUGCUUUGCCAUUUUGUUGCAGAAGGAGUACAGUGGAGAAAACCACCCACAGCCGUCUUCUGGGCACCCUGGAGAACUUGGCAAAUUACAAUUUGAGGAAAUUCAAGUACUAUCUCAACUCGCUCCCAGUCAAGGAGGGCUACAGCAACAUCCCCAGAGGGCGCCUGGAGAAGGCAGAUCCCACUGACCUGACCCAGUUGCUGCUUGGCUACUACAACGAGCAUUAUGCUGUGGAGGUGGUCCUCACGGUGUUGAAAUCCAUCAACCAAAGAGAUCUGGAGAGGAAUCUUCUCGCUAUCACAGAGAAUGAUGGUAAGAAGAUUGGAAGAAAUUUAAAGACUAUUUACAGAAAUAUUGCAAAAUUAAUGAAUGUUAGAAUGAUGUUGGAUAGAAAUUAAGUGGUUUUUAGCUGCAAUACUAUAAGGGAAUAUGAAAAAUGGAUUAUUAAUAGGUAAAAAUUUAAUGUUACAAUAUUUUAAGAUUAAAGAUUAGGAUAAACAAAGAGGGGAAGGAUUUGCUGAACCAACAAACUGAACUGGAAUACAAAAAAGGGAGGCGUGAGGAGGUCCGGGAAAUAAGCUAAUGGAAAAUAAGUAAUGGAAAGAUUGUGUUGGUUUUAAUUAUUUUUAUUUUGUAUUUUUCUUUUUUUGUGUGUAAUAUUUUGAAAAUCCUAAUAAAUAUCUUAUAAAAAAAAGAGAGAGAGAGAAUGAUGGUAAGGAGAGAGGAGUCCCGGGUGCACACUGAGCUGGGUGUGGGGAGUCUGAGAGGUGAAAGAAAACUAUUCUUGGUAGUCCAGAGCAUCUCAUCUGAAAGAGGAUCUUUCAGAGUUUCGGAGAAAGGAGGAGUUUUUGUUUCUUACCUGGUCCAGGUGCAUCAGAACUCUGUAUUACAAUACACCAACAGCCUCUGAUUCAGUAUUUUUCAUAUUUGUUUUCCCCUCACCUCCCCCUUGAUUUUGUUUCAUAGUACCAGUGUAGGGGGAGAAAAUCCUAAUUUAGGGAAGGAUUUAAUUUUUUUAGACCCACCUUAAUGAUGUAUAUAGAGAGUGUUUUCAUUAUAAUUUUUGUUGUUCCCCAGGCCACCUCGAUGGCUGGUGUGGUCAUGGACAAUGGCAGUGUGGAAACAGAAAUGGAGCCUCCUGUAGAUUUCCUUCCUUUGGGAGGGAUUUUCCUUCGCUUCGCCAUUUGAGACAAGGGGGUCUUAUUUCAUUCUCUCUCACGCUCUCUGCAUCGUUUGAUGCUCUUGGGGCAGGAGAUUUCAAGUGUGUAUCCACGUCAAUCGAAAUGGUUGAUGGCAGAAAACGCAUCAGAAAGAGAAUGAUUGAGAACGGACAAGAAAAUGAAGAAGUUGAAGAUAUUGACGAAUUAAACCCUUUGGCUAUAACUGGUAAGACACAGUUCUACUUUUAAAUAGCCAGUUAUUCAGCGCAUGCCUUUGUCAGAAGUGUUCAGACUUAAAAUGAGACCUAUUUGGAGCGUCUAGUAGGGACGUUAUUGAAAAAAAUGAACACUUUCAUUAUAUACUGCUUCUGCCAGCUAUAUGGAACAGAAGUGAUAUAUUUUUGUGCUAGGCUGCUGCACUUAUAAUGUUUCUCAUGGGGCAUUUGUGGUUUGAACAGCUUAGCAGCACUAUUUGUGCAUACUUAAAAGGUAAAGUUAAAAGGGCCCCUGACCAUUAGGUCCAGUCGUGGCCGACUCUGGGGUUGCGGCGUUCAUCUCGCUUUAUUGGCUGUGGGAGCCGGCGUACAGCUUCCGGGUCAUGUGGCCAGCAUGACUAAGCCGCUUCUGGCGAACCAGAGGCUAGCAGGCAAGGCAGAAGACUAAAAAAAAAUCUCUCCACAGCGGGAAAGCCCAGGGGGUGUGCAGGUGGGGGGAAGAAUAAAUAAAUUGAGAGCAGGGAAUGGCUGCUUCCCCACUUCCAUUUAUUUAUUUCCCCCCACCUGCAUAAGGUUGAGAUCACAUAAGUAAAGUGAGCAUAAGUUGCAGACCUAAUGUAUGAAAAUGAAAAGCAAAACUUAAAAAAGAAGUGUAUUUUGGGGAUAGACAGUGGGCAGUGUUCAGUUGUGCUCCUUGUUGUACAUAUUUUGGGGGCUGUGUAAAGCAAUGAAGAGGGGGAACCUCAUCAACUUUACAGCCCUACAGGCUCAAGUCCAUAUAAGUCUACACUACAGCAUAAAAGUUUACAACAUGUGUUUAGUCAAAAGCAGAGUGAUCAGCCUCAUAGGGAGACUUGAGUGUACUAAGCAUAUAUCCGAAACAUAUUAACCAGCUUACUCCAGCACACACAUGAAGUAUGGAGAGAUAGGCCAUCGUUCAAGUAAGACUGCAAUCCUAACUCCUCUAACUUUAGAGGGAGGCCCAUUGAAUUCAGUAGGAUCUACUUCUGAGCAGACCGGUUAGGAUGGCACUGUAAGUCUGGUUUAUCUCUGCACUCUCUCAAUUUCUCUCAGGAGGGUCACCUGCAAUCAUGAGAUUUCCAGAGGCAGCUGCAAAUUUCCAGAAUUUAAGAAAUGAGUUCUCCCAUGUGCUAGCAGGAGAUGUAUCUGUAAUUGAAGAGGAGGAUCUGGGGAGAGAAGUUUCAUCAGGAGGAGCCGCCGAAAGGUGAUCUCUGUGCUUAAGCAAUGAGUUAAAGAGUUGUCAAUCAUCACACCUUGUUAAAGACUAUGCCUACAACAAAGUUAUAACUCAGGCGUCUGCCAUUCUCUCUCCUGGUGCUUUUGCACUGUGGAGAAAGUGGAUAGACAAAAUGCGGUUCUUAAUUUGGGCUUGUAUAGCACCCUCAGUACGCAUGAUAAUUUACGGAGGCCAAGAGGGACUUACAAUCUAUAAUUUAGUACAUGUGUUAUAGCUGGGAUGGGAGAGUACAGAAUAAGAAUGCGCAUCCAUUUCAUUUAAACAUUCUUAGGGUUAUUUACAGCAGGGCAUGCCGACUGCCAUAAUCUUUGUGGGAAAGAUGGAUUUUUCAGGUGGGAUUUGAAGGGGCAACCCAGGGAAAUUUGAGUGUUGGUAGAGAUGUCAGGAGAGAUAAAAGGGCAUCUUCAGACAACCGAUUUUGUGGAGCGCACUGCCACAGAAUGUGGCAAAGGCCAUUAGCUUAUCUUAACAUUAAGAUGAUGGCCAUCCAAUGGGAUAGGCUCAUUCAUUUGCAACAAGUUGCUAGCCAUGAUGGGUUAGCUGUGCGGUGACAGCAUAUCACCAUAUACCAGGGAAGAAUGCUGUGAAAGUGCAUCAUCUGCUAGAGCUUCCUCCUGGCAUUUAGGUGGCCACUGGGGGCAAUAAGAUGGUAGAUUUCUUUGGCUUGAGUUGAGUUGCCAAAUUGAGGAGGGAUUUGAACUCAGGUUUCCCCUGCUCCAACUCACUAGUCUACCCGGCACAUCACACACUUGUUUUCAUACUAUAUCUUAACAUAUGUAAAUGGUCUUCUCUCCUCUCCUUCACCCUCCUUAAGAUCUGCUUUGUGCACAAGUCAGAAUGGAGUGACCUUGUUCGGGGCACAUGCUCCUUCAAAAAGGCCUGGUCUGGAGAUGUUCCAUGAGUGGAUCCCCCAGAACUGCUUGGAUAACUUGCAACACAUCGGCAGAGGGGGCUUUGGAACCGUCUUCCGAGCUCAGCACAAAGAAAAGGGGAUUGUGGCGGUGAAGAUUUUCCACCGGUAAAGCUGGUGGUUGGGUGUGUGGUUGAGGGUGGAAUUAUUAUUAGAAUUAGAAUUAAAAUUAGAAUUAGAAUUUAUAUACUCCCCUAUACCUAGAGGUCUCAGGGUGGUUCACAUAAAAGAUCACAAUAUAUAAAGUCAAAGUAAAAACAAUAACCCAGUAAUACCCCCCAAAAGAGCUGCAUUUUAAAAGGGUACAGGAUGUCGAUCAGGUCAACCAAAGGGCUGGUUAAAAAGGAAUGUUUUUACCUGGUGCCUAAAGGUAUAUAAUGAAGGCACCAGGUGAACUUCUCUGGGGAGAGCAUUCCACAGACGGAUUGUUGCCACCCUCUGGAUCUCUCGAGGAGGAGGCACAUGAAGAAGGGCCUCAGAAGAUGAUCUCAGGGUCUGGGUAGGUUCAUAUGGAAAGAGGCAGUCCUUGAGGUAUUGCCGUCCUGAGCUGUUAAAGGUUUUAUAGGUCAAAACCAGCACUUUGAAUUGGGCCCAGAAACGAAUAGGUAGCCAAGUGCAGUCGGACCAGGAUUGGUUUAAUAAGCUCAAACCGUUUUGCUCCGGUGAGCAACCUGGCCUCUGAAUUCUGCACUUGCUGAAGUUUCUGAACCGUCUUCAGAGGCAGCCCUACAUAUAGCACAUUGCAGUAGUCUAACCUUGAAUUGGUUAUACAGAUGUGGUAGAGCCUAUAUCUUGUACCCACAAGGUCCCAAAUCCCAGACUCUCUGCCUUCAGCAAUGCGGCAAAGAAUUUUAAGGGUUUGGGAAUGUAUGUUGUGACUUCUUUGGACGGUGCCAGGUUGUUUCCCGGAUCCUUCAAAGGAAACCCCAAGGGCAGGCCAAUUUAGGCUGCUGACAUCUUGGUUCCAUAUUCAGAAUUUUGUAGCUAAUGCUCCUUAUUCAUGGAGUUUAUGGGGGAAGAGCUGUCUGUCUAGGUCAGGCCGGGAGAGAGCCCUACCUGAGACCUUGGAAGAGCCAUUGCUAGUCAGUGUAGACUGGCCUUCACAAAACCCGGUUCCCUCCAGAUGUUGGCUGUGGCUGAUAAGAAUUAUAGUCCAAAAAAAUCUGGUGGGAAAUGGGUUGGUGAAGGCUGGUCUCGGCUAUACUGAGUUAGAUGGACCAUUGAUCUGACUUGAUGUGAGUCAGCUUUACAUAUCUCCUCCCAACCUACUCAGACCAGCUCUUGACAGACUCAGGAGCUCUUGAGACCUUCUGAUUAGGCAACCCCAUCUUGAGUUCAUCAUUCAAUGCGUCUGUGUCUCAACAGUACUUUGUAACUUUUCCUUCGACUCUCACCAUGGACUCUCUUUCACCCUCAAGCACCAAUGCACCCAGCGCAAAUGUGUCCUGCAUCCGACAGCAAGCCCUGACUGAAGCCCGCUUCAUGGAUGAGGCAUCUUUUGCCCCCAUCCCUCGUCUUUAUGGUCUCUACGAGAAGGGAAACGAAGUGGGUCUAGUGAUGGAGUAUGUGGAGAACGGCAACUUGUCUGGCUUGCUGUCCAGGGCCUUGCCCUGGCCCCUGCGAAUCCGCAUCCUCUACCAGGUAGCCCUGGGGAUAGACUUCCUGCACUGCCUCCAUCCUCCGCGGUUCCACCUGGAUCUCAAGCCCAGCAACAUCCUGCUGGAUGAAGCUCUGAAUGUGAAGGUGAGCCAUACUCUCUCUCUCUCUCUUUUUAAUUGGGACCAGUCAAGGUCAGUGCUCCCUUUCUGCUUCCAGGAAUGUUUUUCUCUAUCGGCUGAGUGACUCCAGGCAACUGUGUCAUGGAGCACUUGUAAGUUGCUGAGAUUCUGAAAUGUGUUCUUGGGUGUAAGCAGGCCUCUUGAGCUUCCUGCUAACUCCUCCUGAAGCAAGUCCGCACCAGACCAUGUGCUCUUGCAGCUUGCAUGUUCAUGGUGCCAUUGCAAAUGACCGCAUCCAUCAUACAAUGGAUCCAAAUUCCUUACAGUUGUUGAAAGCUUGCAAUAUUCAGUAAAAAAAAUUCUUCGCCAUUGUAAUGUAGCCUUCAUACUUUGGAAUAAUUAAAAACUCAUUUGAAUGUUUCUGGCAUAACAAACACAAGUCCCAUUAAAAACUGUGCCACUGCAGGGUCAGUCAUAGCAUCAGCCAAUUCGUGUUCCCUCUUCAUGGACAUUAUUUGUGAUUUCUCUGAAGCAGACACCAGCAAUCUCUACUUUCCACAGUGAUGAUGUUUCAGCCUCAUGAUACACUCAGCUUUUGUUCCUUACGCCACUUGCCUUAAAACAAAGAGAAAUUUUAGCAUUAGAAGGAUUAGAAAUCUUGCAUAUUAUAAGUAAAAAAAAUAGUUUGUGGCCUAGCAGAGUCUCAUAUCUUUAAAUGAAGGGUUUAUGGUCAUAAUUUGCAGGGGGAAGAUGACUCUAAGGGUCCCUUCCAACUCUUCUAUAAUUCUAUGAUAUUUGGCGGGGGUGUCAUACUGAUGUACGUAUGUGUAUAUGUAUAUGUAUAUAUAUGUAUAUGUAUAUGUAUAUGUAUAUGUAUAUAUUUUGCUCUAGGAGGUUUUGUUUGCUCAGUAUCAAGUAUACACUUCCAGAGUGAACACUAAAUACAUUAGUUCUGGUAAAUGAGCUACCACAACUGCUAGAGGGCUGUGAAAAUUUGUGUCCUGGGCUUUUAAGACUCGUCUACCCAUGUACUAUCUGAAACCAGAGUGGCACAUUGGCUGCCAGUUUCCCCCCCCCCCCCCGCCCAGCUCUCCCACCCAACUAUUAGUCUUCUGAUACUUUUCAAUUCUGUAAUAUAAAGUUUCUUUAUGAGCGUCUCCUGCUUGGAGACCAGAAGAGAGGAUGCUGCAGUCCAAGGAAGCUGCCUUCUCCCCCAGUGAUGAGAGUCUGCCUGCUACGCAGAGCAGUGGUGCAAAACCCAGUUGCUUGUGGAGCGGCACCGUGGUUAGUAAUCCUAAAGAGGACAAAGCGCAGGUAAGUCAAUACCUUGGGAAGGAGCUGUCACUCAGAGGCAGAGCACCUGCAGUUCAGUCGCCAGCCUCUCCAGGUAGGAUUGGGAAUAUCCCCUUUCUGAAGCUCUGGACAGCUCCUGCUGUCAGUCAGUGUGAACAUGACUGGGCCAGAUGGACCAAUAGUCUGACCUGGCAGGAGGCAGCUUCCUAUGUUGUCCCAGUUGGGAGUUCUCUUAACUCUUUUGCCUUGUCUCCCCAUUCAGGUGGCUGAUUUUGGCUUGUCCAAGUUUGGGACAACUCAGCGCUCCCCUCUCACCUCUGAAAGCGCAGAAGUAUCUGGCGGGACCCUCGAAUACAUGCCCCCCGAAGCCUUUGCCGAGUCCUACAAGCCAGACCCAGCCACAGAUGUCUACAGGUGGACAGAAGCGUCUGCUGUGGGGCACAAGGGGGUUGGCACAAUUGCAUGAGCACUAUAAAAUUAGGAAAAGGUUAGCAUGACAGAUGCUCAACUAGAAGGGCCAUUGGCUCGAUCCAGAAAGGCUCUCCUUACGUCCCUGUCUUUGGAGUACAUUGUGGGUUGGAUACUCUUGCACAACCUGAUGCCGCUGGGACUACAAUUCCCAUCAGCCCCAGCUGGAGCUUGUAGGAUUUGUACUCUGGAGGGCACCAGAUUGCUAAGGCUGCUUCUUGUGUGAAUGAAUGAAGGCAGUGAGCCUGGCAUUGGUUAACCUCUCUCUUGCGGCGUUCCUUCUGCUGACUAACCUAUAAUAGAGGAUAAUGUAGAAGCCCUGGAGAUGGGAAACGGCAUGGGACCACUGAUAUUGCUGUCCCACAGGAAGAGGGAAGAUCUCAGUUGAAGUUGGGAGGGGCUUUUAAUCGACUUGCUUUUUUCUUUUCAGCUAUGGGAUCCUCAUGUUCUCAGUGCUAACCGGCAAGGAACCUUAUCCAUGUGAGUUGUGCUCUUUCUGCCUAUGGCUUAUUUCUGCCUGUCUGAAUUACAGAGAAUAUAUAUUCAAUGCAGUUGUGCCCUGGGAAGCCAACACAAGAGAAAAAUGUGUACCCCUACAAUAGCGUCUACAGCAUCUUGUGGCAGGGAGUCAAGCACAUACAGUGGUACCUCGGGUUACAUAUGCUUCAGGUUACAGACUCCGCUAACCCAGAAAUAGUACCUCGGGUUAAGAACUUUGCUUCAGGAUGAGAACAGAAAUUGCGUGGCGGCGGCGGGAGACCCCAUUAGCUAAAGUGGUGCUUCAGGUUAAGAACAGUUUCAGGUUAAGAACGGACCUCCGGAACGAAUUAAGUUCUUAACCCAAGGUACCACUGUACUGGGAAAAGAAGGCUUGUGCAAUUAAAGUUGCCUUGAGGCCAGGGCAGGGGAACUGGAUCUGGCUGGUGUGCCGGAUUCUUAUCUCUUAUCCCCACCCCCAUGGCCCAAGUGGAACAAGUGGGGUGGGGCUGCCAGCCUGUCAAUCACCUGUGUGAUUGUGGCCCAUUUUUGCCCCUGUGACCAGCUGAUGGUUGGAGCACUCAAAGCACUGUGCAUGGCAACCUGCAGGCUCCAGCAAUUAGCCAGUUGGUGGUUGCAAUCCCCAUUUGCUGCAUCACCUAUAGGACGGUGGGCCAAAUAGCGAGGCCUGAUGUGGCAAAGGUUUCUCACCCCUGCUUAUGACACUGUCAAGCGAUAUGCCUUGGAAAUGUUCUGUUGAAUGCCUCAAUAUCCAUCCCUGCUCAGCCAACCCUCAGAGAGACAACUCCAUCUUCAGAAUGCAAAUCCAAGAGAAUCAAAGGCCAAACACCCGGGAGCUGGAGGGGAAGAUACACGAGGUGGAGAAACUGGAAAAUCUGAUCAGCCUAAUGAAAAGGUGCUGGCAGAAAGAAAAGACCCAAAGACCAUCCUUCCAGGGUAAACGUGACCUCUUCUCACCUCUGCCCCUGACUAUCAGUCAUUAUUAUUAUUAUUAUUAUUAUUAUUAUUAUUAUUAUUAUUUUAAAGGUGCUAGACCUCAAGCCUCUUCGAAAGUUGAGUCUUCUGAUUCAGAAGCCCUUCUUUAACCCCAGAACUUGUGAGACAAAAGAAAUGCACUUCUGGAGGGGAAAGUGUUGUGGGAGAUGGCACAUUUUCAAAGGUCCUCUUGUUCAUUAGAUAAACCCAGGCACUGAAAACAGAUUUUGGGGCUGAGCCCUGGUAACCCUGACUUAAUGUCAAAGCACGCAAACGUGACUCCGUGAGUGAAUUUAUAAGCGCUUUGGGGCUUUCCGUGUGCCUGUGGGACUGACUCUAGUGCCAUUUUGAAUGCAUAGAAAACCCUGUCAGAGCUGUGCGGGAAAAGUGUGUCAUUCUUUUGUUUACUUUUCAAUUUUGCUCAGUCUGCAGCCAGGAGAUGGAGGAAAUCUAUUCCUGCUACAUGCCGCACAUUGAGACUGCUGUUCGUGAAGUUCAGGAUAGUUUGGCAAAAGGUAGUAAAACCAUGUUACUUAUCAGUUUUGUAUUCUCAACCAUCCACUAGGUAGCAGUAAUGUGCCAAGAAAUUUAUCACGCCUUUCUGUUCCUCAAAGUGUAGGUCCAAGGUGCCUGGCAAGAAUUUUUUUUUUAAUGGAACAAUUUAAAAAAAAGAUUACUGCAGCAGAAAAUAAGGAAACAAAAGAAGCUCAGGAUAAAUGGGGCCAACAGACCGUUGUGGUAUAAUGGUUAGCGUGUCGGACGAAGACCUAGGAGACCUGGGUUCAAAUCUCUACUCAGCCAUGAAGCUCACAGGGUGAGCUUGGGCCAGUCACAGACUGUCAGCCUAACCUACUUCAUAGGGUUGUUUUUAGGAUAAAAUGGGGAGGAGGAGAACCACACCUUGAGCUCCUUGGUGGGAUAUAAAUACAGUAAUAAUAAUAAUAAUAAUAAUAAUAAAAAUACCAAUCUCAGUUCUGUGUACCAAAAGCACAUUUGAGCAGGACGAUGUUAACUAGAUGUCAACAGUGAAGGAGCCAAAUGAGUUGAGCUAGGGAGUAAUAACCAACAUUGUGUGUGUGUGUGUGUAAUUAUAAUAUAAUAUAAUAUAAUAUAAUAUAAUAUAAUAUAAUAUAAUAUAUUUUUAUUAAAUUUUCUGUUUUACAAUUUAGAAUAUUCAUCUAAACAACUUUAAAAUAUCCAAAACUUCCCUUCUUCUCCAUGGUUCAUUUUGCAUAACAUAAAUCCCUGCAUAUUUUAUAUAAACCAGACCAUUCGGUAUUCCAUUAUUCCAUCCAUCAAAACUUAUUUACACUGUUGAAUUUAUCUUAAUAAACAUUUUCCAAUCUUCUUUAAAUGUAUAUUCUUCUUGUUCUCUUAUUUUGUAUGUUAGGUCCACAAACUGCGCAUAUUCCAUCAGUUUAAGUUGCCAUUAUUCUUUAGUUGGGACCUUGCUAUUAGGUCCCAACUAAUAACCAACAUUUUGAAUCAAUCUCUUAACAACCAGCAUGGCUUUUGCUGUUGGUUCAGAGGGCAGGGAAGCCACUCUCCUCAUAAACAGAGUCCCCACCGGCUGUUGCUGGUGAGCACGUAAUUGGUCUGUUUCCCCAGGGCAGAUAUGCCAUUGGGUUGAUUAAAUAAAUCUCUUUCUCUGUGUUUGCUUUCUAGCAAAAGUCCUCCCUUUAAGGGUUGCUCAGGACCAGGCCGGACAUCAGAGUGGAAUAAAGCGCCCUUGGUCGGAAGUGGACUGUGCCAUGCCCUGUACCAUGGAGACAAAAGAUGAUUUGGGGAGAGGCGCUUCUUCAAGAACAGCUACCAAAGGGUAAUUUCUGUGCUCAAGUGAUGAGCUGAGGCAUUGCCCGGUAUUGCCCAGUUUUUGCUGGAGGACCACGCUAGGGACCAUGUUUACACCAGGACUGGACGUCCACCUUCUUCUUCUGUUCUCAAUUGCCAUGGCUGUGUCCCAGGAGCAGCCAGUAGUAAGAAUGUGGGGAACUGAAAUACAGGUCAGUUUCGGGCAAAGACUUGUUUGAUUGGGACAGGGCUGUUAUCCCCAGCAAGGAAGUGAUGUUGAGUUGGAUGGUUGAGGCCACAUGUGAAAUGCAGUGGUGUUGUUAUGGUAACUGUGGGGCUACUGGAUGGUUUUCAGAAGCUGAGUUAAACAUUUGGGAUGGGUUGGAAUGAUGUUGUAAGGAACUGUGUCUGGGGCACACAUCUGAAGCGGAGAGGAGAGUAUGAGAUCAUGCCACAGUAAGUGGGCCAGGCCGGGGCAGUGGGAGGAGUUGAAAGGAAUAUUUAAAGGCAGUUGGGGUGGCCAUAGAAACUUGACAGUUGGAAGAGGGUGGAGAGGAUUAACCAGACAGAAAUGAGGUUUAGGGUGGGGAGGAGGUGACCUAUAGCCAUCUCCAAGCUAACAGGAAUAAUCUGGUCUCCCCACCAGCAGCCUUAGGAGGAAAGAGGGAGAGAGCAAAGGCCUGUGCAGCAGGCUGUAGGAAUGUUGUGGAUAAUAGGAGAGGAUAUAUUGAUUAAAUGUUAUCCUUCCUUCACUCACACUAGUGAGUCAUUUAGCAGAGCACAUUCCCCUCAAUACGGCAGGAAGCUAGUUUGCAGAUUCAUUUGAAUCUCUUUGGUUAAGCAAUCCAGUCUGGCAUGCCCAUAUUGGAUUUCUUCCUGGUAAGUCCGCUUUUGAUCCCUCUCAAAAGAAUAAAGACACAACAGUCUUUCCUUAAAAGUAACAAGAAGUUUACUUACAUUCAGUUCACAGUAUGAUCCCUGAAGGCAGGCUUUAGCUUGUAGUUACAGUUACAGAGAAAGCUGUGGAUUCAUCCCAUAUGGGGAUUGAUCCCAUGUGCUGCUGGCUGAGAGUCAGCAGGGCAGUCCAAGAGAAUCAAGAGAGAGAAAGAUGGCUGCAUGACUAGACCUUUUGUGGGGUCUGCAAGGGUCACCCCCACCUACCUGGUGUAACAGGAAGUUAUACUGGCUGGAGUAACAUCCCCCUGUCUGUGUCCACACUAGGGAAACAAGGGAUGUUGUAUUUGACUGCUCCAAUGGAUUACAUCACACACAGGCCUCGUUCCUUGAAGUGUUUAAGAGGGAUUGAAGACCUCCCCUUUUAAUGGGUGGUUGGAGAUUUUGUACUAUGGAUCCUUGGAUUUUAUUGCUGUAUAGAUUAUUAUUAGAUUUAUGGCAGCAGUUAGGGACCUAAUUAGGCUUGGCAAGCCUCUCUAUUUGGCCCAUAAGGUAAUUUUGGCCAAGCCAAACCCAUUUGCCCUACGUGCUGUUGCAGGAAUUUAUGUAUAGGUUGGGGGGGGUUGCCCCUCCAGCAGAUAUCAUGCACAUGCAGCCCACUACCAAAAUCAGCACAAUCGCUUUUGUGACUUUUGUGAUUUGUCCCCACAAAACACUUCAUCACAUCCUGGAAGGAAGGAAGGCAAAAGAGGCUUGAGCCCAGGAAUCAGCCUCUUUUCCUUUUUGGCCUUAGGCCCGCCCCUGGCUGGCCGUCCAUUGUCCUCCCUGGCCAAGGGCGGGUCAAAGGCCAGCUCAAGCAGGUGGGUGACACCCGCCCAGGUGAGCCUCGCUCGGUGCCGCAAACCCCGCCCACCUGUGGGGAAGGGAGGGCGGAUAUUCUUCCUAUCUAUUCAAAGGGCCUCUGCUGCACAAUACCAAAUGUAACAAUUCACUGAUAAAGGUAUCUAUGUACUGGCUCACUGGGAAAACUUCAGAAAUUCAUAUAGAAUACCUGAGUGCCAGACAGGUAGCCAUUCCAGAAAUAACAAAUCCAGAUGAAGGCAAAAGGGUGUGAUUAACUUGGCUGGGAAACAAGGAAAUGUAAAUAUCUUUUUGUUACACUUGAUGGGUGUUUGGUGGAGGGCAAGGAGAACCUUGGGGCAGGGUCCAGGAUGCUCAGAUUACUGCCACCAGACCUCCCCUUUCAUGAUGUAACCGUGAUGUAUGAGUAAUGUAGUUUGCAGGGGUGUAACAUGGGGAUUAGCAGCUAAUAAAAGUUUGGGGGCUCUUUUGUUCUGGGCUUCCAUCUUGUUCCACCUUGUGGCACGUGGGAGUCCUGUCACGACAGUCUUCAAUAAAGACCAAGCCUACUGGCUGCUGUUUUGCUCUGGUAUUCCUGGCUGGUGUCCUUUUUCUGUCCAAGGGAGCCCUCAGAUUUCUCCCCCCUCCCCGUAACAUUGUUUUUGACAUCAGGUGUAGGGCAGGCCAAGAUGCAGCCACCUGCUGAAAGCAACACCUCUGUGUCUUUGCCUGUGUGGUUUGGAUGAUACAGGCUGCUGAAAGGGCAGUAAGAUAAUCUUACUGUGAUUUCAGGUGAUUGCCGGGUGGGAGGCCCUGGAAACAGAUAUUGUGUGUGUGUGUUGUAAUGUUGCUUCCCCUUGAUUCUCAGCUCCAUUUGUUUGGAAUCUCUGCCUUCUGGUGAAAAGCCUGCUGAUCGUAUAAAGAAGUCUAAAGGAAAGUUAACGGAAGAUUUUGCUCUUCAAAGAAACCGAGAGGCAUUCCUGAAUAUAGCAGAAGAGAACCGUCUUCUUACGAAGGGCGAGUGUUUAUGCCUGAGUCAGAUGAAUCAUGCACAGGAGUUUGUGGAGAGCCUGGUCAACACGGUGCUGGGAAAAAAAGAAAUAAUGCAUAAGUUAUUCCUCUACUGUCUGGAAGAGCUAAGGCUAUGAGCUUGGAAAGAUCUGUCUAUUUCUGAAUAUUUAGAAAACGGUGGCUUAUGCACUGAUUGCUCUUUUUUAAAGAGCCCAUUGAAGUCAGAGAGAAAGAAUCCAAAGCACACAAUUUUCUGCUGCUAUCUUUUUUACUCCCUAUGUGGAAAGCUUUCCAUUUUUUAAAGAAAACAUUACUUCUAAAGUAAUGGAUGCAGAAGAAAUGGACACAGUGCCAACCAAACUGAGCAAUUAGAUUGGAUAAAAUGCCAGUCAAAUAUAAAAUCAAGGUUGGAAUGAACCUUUCUCAGGAGACUAUUUUAUAUUUGUUUCUCUGCCCCUUUUCAUUCACCUUUUCAGUUUGCGCUUUCCUAGUUUUACCAACCCCCCUCCCCUAAUGUUAUGCUAUAUACAGCACUAACAUCACACAUGGAAUGUUACUGCUCUACAGAAAAGACUUGACGACCUGAAAAAAAGAGACAAUGCACGUACUUGUGUAAACUAAAAUAUCUUUAAUAAAAAAUAUUUUUUAAAAAAGAAAUGUUUGCACUUUCCUUACAGGUGCCUUGAUCAACAUCUCUUCUGGGGGACAAAGAGUGUUGGUAAAGUAUUUUAGCUUGGACUAA